UACUAUCCAAACACACCCUAACAGUCGCACAAUAUUAUUUCUUUGCUUCUUCAAUCUACCGGAAACGAACUAAGAGCCCGCAAUCGAACAAAGAGCUCAUCAGUCGGAAGUAGCAAGAGAAUGUCGAACGAUUUGCAAUUGAAGCCGUCAUGUAGCGGCUGUGGAUCGUCUAAGGAUCUGUAUGGAAGCAAUUGCAAGCACUUGACUCUGUGCUUGUCUUGCGGCAAAACCAUGGCCGAGAACCAAGGAAAAUGUUACGAUUGCGGUGCAACAAUCACUCGGUUGAUUAGGGAAUAUAAUGUCCGUGCAUCUUCCAUCAGCGAUAAAAACUACUUCAUUGGUAGAUUUGUGUCGGGUUUACCAAAUUUUUCAAAGAAGCAGACUGCUGAAAAUAAAUGGUCUCUUCAGAAAGAAGGAUUACAGGGACGUCAGCUUACGGAUGCUUUGCGGGAAAAGUACAAGAAUAAGCCUUGGUUGUUGGAAGAUGAAACGGGCCAAUCUCAGUACCAUGGUCAGCUUGAGGGUGCACAAUCAGCAACGUAUUACCUACUAAUGCUGCAGGGCAAGGAGUUUGUCGCUAUCCCUGCUGGUUCUUGGUACAAUUUUAACAAAGUUGCACAAUAUAAGCAACUUACAUUGGAGGAAGCAGAAGAGAAGAUGAAGAAUAGAAGGAAAACUGCAGAUGGAUAUCAAAGAUGGAUGAUGAAAGCAGCAAACAAUGGACCUGCUGCUUUUGGUGAAGUUGAAAAGUUCGAUGACAAAGAAAGUGGAGCUGUUGGUAGGAAGGGAAGUAAAAAAACUACAGGUGAAGAUGAAGAAGCCAAUGCCUCGGACAGGGGAGAGGAAGAUGAUGAAGAAGAGGUGGCAAGGAAAAAUAGACUUGGACUCAACAAAAGAAGCGGCGAUGAUGAUGAAGAAGGUCCAAGGGGAGGCGAUCUUGAUUUGGAUGAUGAUGAUAUUGAGAAGGGUGACGAUUGGGAGCAUGAAGAAAUUUUCACCGAUGACGAUGAAGCCGUGGGUAACGAUCCUGAGGAACGGGAAGAUUUGGCCCCUGAAGUUCCUGCUCCUCCAGAAAUCAAGCAGGAUGAAGAGGACGAGGAGGAAUCUGAAGAGGAAGGAGGACUGAGCAAAUCUGGAAAAGAGUUGAAGAAGCUGCUAGGGCGAACUAGUGGGCUGAAUGAUUCCGAUGCAGAGGAUGACGACGAUGAUGAGGAUGACGAUGAAAUUGGCCUCUCCCCUGUGCUGGCUCCAAAGCAGAAGGAAGCUCCAAAAGAAGAACCUGUUGACAACAGUCCUUUAAAACCAGCUUCGACGGGGUCUGCUCGGGGAACACCCCCCACUUCCAAGUCAGCAAAGGGAAAGAGAAAAACAAACGGUGAUGAUAAACCAAGUAAUGGAGCACCACCAAAAAAAGUGAAGACAGAAAAUGAUGUGAAAUCUGCAAAAGAUGAAACUGCGUCUUCUUCGAAAAGUAGUGUCUCUGCAAAAGGUGCAUCACCAUCUGCAAAGACUGGACCUGUCACGGAAGAUGAAAUUAAGGCUGUCUUAUUGCAAAAGACACCAGUGACCACACAAGAUCUGGUGGCUAAAUUUAAGUCGAGAUUGAAGAGCAAAGAGGACAAGGAUGCUUUCGCGGCUAUCCUGAGGAGAAUUUCCAAGAUACAAAAAACCAAUGGGCCAAAUUAUGUAGUGUUGAGAGAGAGGAUGGGAUAAUGAUGCCACUUGCCACCCCAAUUGUUUGCUGGCUUAGAUGCUGACUCUUUUAGCUUAAGAUGUAAGCAAUAAAAAGUAAAAGCAUAUGCUGGGUUCACAAGAGUCGAGAUCCUCAGCUAAGGUGCUUUAGGUGGGCUCAACACAACUUGAUCUACUUUCAGUGCGUUAUUUCAAGCUGUGUUGAAACACGAUUUAAUUAUGACGUUGCGCGGCUUCUUUAAAUAAAGCAUUUGUUACUUGUCCAGUUUUUUUACUAACCUAAAUAGUGAUUGGUCUACCUUUAUUCUAGCGGCUUUAUGUCUUAAUUUUCAACUUUAUGAAAAGUUGUGGACAUUAUUCAUUUGCU